AUGCCUCCGUGCGUCUCACGUGCUGCUCUCCUACGUGGUUGUUUGGUGGCCAAGCCCAGGAUUCAACUCCAAAGAUAUGCUCACAGUUCUCCCAGAACUCUGCCUUGCUUUUCUUUGGAAGGUAGGACAUGUGUUGUCACGGGAGCCUCACAAGGCCUCGGAGCUCAAAUCCUAGCAGCAUUCGCUCUCUCCGGCGCCAACGGAGCCGUCGUCGACCUAUCACAAGAAACCGCCAACAAAGCAGUUAGCGACCUAAAGGAUGAAGCCAAGCGCGCCGGCCUCCCCGAACCAAAACUCCUCGGCUACGAAUGUGACACCUCGGACAAAGACAAGGUCGUCAAGACCUUUGACCAGAUCGUCAAGGAUUUCGGCAAAGUCGACGUUAUGGUUACGAAUGCCGGGAUCGCUAGUGGUACUCCGGCGGAAGACUACGAGCUCGAUGAGUGGAAGAAGAUGCUGGACGUUAAUGUCAGUGGUGCGUUUUUGUUCGCUCAGGCUGCGGGUAGGCAUAUGAUUAGCCAGAAGAUUAAGGGGAGCAUUAUCAUGGUCAGUUCCAUGUCAGGUUCAAUUGUGAAUAGGCCGCAGAAACAGAGUGCUUAUAAUGUGUCCAAAGCUGCAGUCUCACAUCUGAUGCGUUCCCUGGCAAGCGAGUGGGGAGAACAUGGUAUUCGCGUCAACGCCCUUUCGCCAGGCUAUAUCCAGACCGCGAAGAACGAAGGUCCGGAGAUGAAGGAGUUGAGCAAAGGCUGGGUAGAGAUGAUUCCCUUACAUCGCAUUGCGACGCCGGACGAAUUCAGAGGCACCGUCGUAUGGAUGGCGUCCGAUGCAUCCAGUUACAUGACUGGCGCAGACAUUAUUGUCGAUGGAGGGUAUACUAUAUGGUAA